AUGUCUGACAACCACAUUAAGACAAUUUUUCAAGUGCAUGGAGGGAAAUCAACGCAAUCGAGAGCAGAAGUCGGCAAGAAACCCGGUGGAGCCAAUAUCACACGAAAGCUAUUUCCUGCUAAUUGGUACAGAGGAAAGAAACCAGAAAAGGAACCACAGCAAGAACAUUAUAUCAUUAAUAUUCCUGCAGGCAAUCAGCGCUUGCGUGCAGGAGUUUGCACAUUUUCUCUAAACGAAUUGGAGAUUGCAACAGAUUACUUUGCAGACAGAAAUAUCAUUUUAAGAGAUGAUUCUGAUGAUUGUAAUUAUUUUUCAAAAUCCUACAAAGGCCGGUUAAAAGAUGGCCUUUUAGUGGCUGUUAAAUUAUAUAGACAUUUACGAGAGCAUUUCAAAACAGGAGUUGAAACGAUGAGCAUUGCUAACGUGCAUCCAAAUUUACUCCGAUUAAUUGGCGUUUGCGUUACGCAACUAGAGAGCAUGCUCGUUUAUCCCUAUAUGGCCAACGGAAGUGUUGCAUCACGCUUAAGAGAUCGAUCGGAGUCGCAACCUCCACUUGAUUGGCAAGUAAGAAAACAGAUAGCAUUGGGGGCGGCUAGGGGUCUAGCCUAUUUGCACGAUGGCUGUGAACGGAAAAUCAUUCAUCGCAAUGUGAAAGCUGCAAAUAUAUAUUUGAACGAGGACUUUGAAGCAAUUAUUGGUAACUUUGAGUUGGCCAUACACAUGGACCACGGUGUAACUCAUGUGGAAGAAAAAUAUUUAUGUGGCACAAUUGGGCAGAGAGCUUAUGAUCGUGCUAGGUUUGAUAAUUACGAAGAUGGGAUAUUACUUGAUUGGGUAAAGACAUAUGUAAAUUACGAGAAGAAAUGGGAGAGGAUUGUUGAUCCUGAUAUUGGAGGUAAUAAUUAUUACGUUGAAGAAGAGGUGGAGCAAUUGAUUCGAAUAGCUCUGCGCUGCACACAGAAUAAGCCGGAGAGACGACCCGAUAUGUCGGAAAUUGUGAGGAUAAUGCUACCACAUGGAGAUGGCUUAUCAUUAGCUCAAAGGUGGGAAGAGUUUUGUGAUGAAGAAAUAAUACCAGAUAGCCCAAGGCAAUCAGAUGAACUAUCCAGCCCUAGAUGA